UCAAAGUGGUCACCCGAGCGAAAUUGCAGGAUUGCGUAAUUUACUUUUUAUUCAUUUUGUACUCAAUAUUUUACUACAGACUUACUUUACGUAACUAGAUAUUAAUUAAUAUAUUAUUUUCUAAGCUUCAUUUUUACUGAAUUAUCGAAAUGAACAAUUUUGUAAAUAGAGUAAGCGGUGUGGCCGUUUGUAUAUUAUUGUUAAUUUGUUUUAGAGAUUGUACAAAAGACGUUCAUAAAAUAGACAAAAAAUACCACCUAGUGCGUGAAGCAUACGACGUAGCCAGAAGCCUGUUCCUCCAGGGUCGUAACAACUACAACCAGCUCAAGAACACGUCUCUCCUCGUGAUGGACACCUUCCUCGACCUGGUGCGCAUCAUGAACACUGAGAUGGCUAAGAAGCUGCGCGGAGCCGUCAUCAAGUUUUACAAGAUCAAAUACUUCCAUGACUUCACCAAUUAUGUUAUUACGCUGGAAGAGAUGAUAGACAUAACAGAGCACUGCCUCUCAGGGCCGGCGGAAAAGCUGGAGCAUCUGCGUAGUGACUUCCACUUCCUCAUCAGAAACUUUCAGGACGUGCGGCUCUUCCACACCGUCCACAAGUGCCACAACGAGUUGCCCGAUGAGGUCGCUGCUGCUCACUGCAUCCUGCAUCAAGCUGUUCUCUUCAACGAAACAAUGCAAGAGAGUCUGGUGUCCAUAGUGGAGAUCAAGACCAAUCAACACGCGCGCAAGAUGAACGCGUCGCUGUACGAAGUUCCGAAGUGUCUCAACUCCUUCGUGCCGAACUUCUUUGAGCAACUUCUUGUUGAUGCGUACACAGAAAAGUGUGGCUUCCUGAAAGUGGUGAACGCAUCCAUUGAGGAUCUAACAAAAGGCACAUGGCGAAGCUGCAAAGACACACUUUUUUCCAAAAAAUGGACCCCAUUGGUUGAAAUUCUGAAACAGAAAUAUGACGGGUCCAUGACAUCGCAAUCGCUUUUGCUGACGCUGCUUUCGGCGAAUUUAACGUCUAAUGAUAUUAUGAAAACAUUAUACUCAUGACUUAUAAUAAGCUAUUUAUUAAGUAGGUACGUACCUAACUACAGGCACGUAAAUCUUGAAACUAAAAUAUUAACCAGUCGACUUUUUACGUGUUCCCAGAGGAAAAAUGAUUAUUUUAUCGACUGGUAUUUAGUUGAAUUUUAUUUAUCUACAACCGAUUGUGUAGUAUUAAAAUAAGCAGUCAUUCUAUUUAUGUAAUUAGGUACCUACUUAGUAGGUCCAUGUUUUAAUGUAAUAAUAUAUAAAGACGAAGGCACCUGUUUAACUAGAAUGGUUUUAUCAUUUUCCUUAAUUUAUCAUUGAAACCUGUUUGUAUGUCCGACACUCACUAUUUA